AUGGCCUCUACGGGUCUUAGAAUCGUGAUCAAACUAGGAACCAGUUCCAUUGUCGACGAGAAAACACAUGAGCCCAUCCUCUCUAUUCUCACAACAAUUGUGGAAACGGUAGCAAAGCUGCGCAAGGAUGGUCACCGAGUCGUUUUAGUCUCAUCGGGUGCAGUGGGGGUUGGCCUGCGAAGGAUGGAUGUCGACGACAGACCAACCUAUCUGCCUCGAAUACAGGCACUUGCUGCCGUUGGUCAGUGCCGACUCAUGAGUCUUUGGGACAAUCUUUUCUCCCAUCUUCGAGUCCCCGUAGCUCAGAUCCUUCUGACGAGAAAUGACAUUGCCGAUAAUACCCAAUAUGUCAACGCCCAGAAUACGUUUGAGCAGCUUUUUGAUAUGGGUGUGAUUCCUAUUGUCAACGAAAACGAUACCCUGGCCGUUUCUGAAAUCAAAUUUGGCGACAACGAUACCCUUUCAGCGAUUACAGCGGCCACAGUCAAGGCUGAUUACCUGUUCUUGAUGACAGAUGUAGACUGUCUAUAUACGGCUAAUCCACGCAGCGACCCCAACGCUCAGCCCAUUGAGGUUGUCUCCGAUAUCUCAACGCUUGAGGCUGAUGUUUCAUCUGCCGGCUCAGCCUUGGGCACUGGAGGUAUGAGCACCAAGAUCGUAGCUGCAAAGCUGGGAACUAGCGCUGGCGUGACGACUAUCAUCACCAAGAGCUCAAAGCCCGGGAACGUUCAUGAGAUUGUGAAGUAUCUACAAGCACUUCAAAAUAUCGGCAAUCCCGACGAUGCGGCGGCUAUUGCCAGUUUACCAAAACCUCCUCUCCACACCCGAUUCCUUCCCUCUGAUGCCCCGAUCCAGUCUCGAACAUUCUGGUUACUUCAUGGACUUACACCCCAUGGCUCUUUGUACAUUGACCACGGUGCCUACGAAGCACUACUCAACAAGGCAAGUCUCCUCCCGGCUGGAGUGCUUGGAGUCGAAGGUCAUUUCGGACAGCAAGAAGCAGUGCGUCUAAUUGUUGUUGAUCGGCCUUCUCCCGAUGCUCUGAAUGGGGAUUUCCUCCAUCAUUCCCAAGAACCCAAGGAAGUGGGUCGUGCUAUUGUGAAUUAUGGAAGCAUUGAGAUCGCACAUAUCAAGGGCCACCGAAGUACCCAGAUUGAGGCCUUGCUUGGUUAUGCGGAUAGUGAUUAUGUAGCACUGCGGGAUAAUAUCUCGUUUCACCCUGAAGAUCGGCACAAUCACACAGUGACUCCAGCAUUAACUCCAGCUCUGGAGGAGUGGAAGUCUCCACAGGCAUCGCCAUGA